AUGUCUUUGAAAAGGACAUAUUUUUCUGUGGGACGGGGUGGCGUGCAGGGGAUGUUUACUCCACGUAAUACAACUUCCAUAGCACCCAGUAAGGGCCUCAGCAAUGAACCAGGACAGAAUAGCUGCUUCUUGAAUAGUGCUUUGCAGGUUCUUUGGCACCUGGAUAUUUUCCGUCGCAGCUUCCGACAGAUCACGACGCACAAGUGCAUGGGAGAUUCUUGCAUCUUUUGUGCUCUUAAGGGUAUCUUCAAUCAGUUCCAAUGUAGCAGUGAGAAAGUACUGCCCUCUGAUGCCCUACGCAGUGCUCUUGCAAAGACCUUUCAGGAUGAGCAGCGCUUCCAGCUGGGCAUCAUGGAUGAUGCUGCUGAAUGUUUUGAGAAUCUCUUGAUGCGGAUUCAUUUCCACAUUGCGGAUGAGUCAAAAGAGGACAUCUGCACUGCUCAGCACUGCAUUUCUCACCAGAAGUUUGCAAUGACCUUGUUUGAACAGUGUGUCUGUACUAGCUGUGGUGCCACUUCUGACCCUCUGCCUUUUAUUCAGAUGGUACAUUACAUCUCCACCACUUCACUCUGCAAUCAAGCAAUUUGCAUGCUGGAGAGACGAGAGAAACCCACUCCGGAUAUGUUUGGAGAGUUACUACAGAACGCCAGCACCAUGGGAGACCUGCGAAACUGUCCGAGUAACUGUGGGGAAAAGAUCCGUAUACGUCGUGUGCUCAUGAACUCUCCCCAGAUCAUCACCAUUGGGCUGGUGUGGGAUUCAGACCACUCUGAUCUAGCUGAGGAUGUCAUUCACAGCCUGGGCACCUGCCUCAAACUUGGAGAUCUCUUUUUCAGAGUAACUGAUGACAGAGCAAAACAGUCAGAGCUGUAUUUGGUGGGAAUGAUCUGUUACUACGGAAAACAUUACUCUACCUUCUUCUUCCAAACGAAGAUCCGCAAGUGGAUGUACUUUGAUGAUGCCCAUGUCAAAGAGAUUGGUCCAAAGUGGAAAGAUGUUGUGACCAAGUGCAUCAAGGGUCAUUAUCAGCCUUUGCUGCUGCUUUAUGCAGAUCCAAGAGGAACUCCAGUGUCAAUGCAAGACUUGCCCUCUCAGGUGGAUUUACAGCAGUAUAGCAGGACUUGCUAUGAUAGCGAGGACUCAGGGAGGGAGCCUUCCAUCUCGAGUGACACCAGGACAGACUCCUCUACAGACAGCUAUCCCUAUAAACACUCACACCAUGAGUCUGUGGUCAGUCACUUCUCUUCUGACUCGCAGGGGACAGUCAUCUACAAUGUGGAGAAUGACACAGCUUCGCAAAGCAGCAGGGACACAGGACACUUGACUGACAGUGAAUGUAAUCAGAGGCAUAUUUCCAAAAAGAGCUCACUGACUGACCGCAAGAGGAGUUCUAGCCGGUCUCGGCGAAAAGGGGAUGAGAUACAGUCGUCAGGAUACCAUAGUGAAGGGGAAACAUUGAAGGAGAAACAAGCCCCCAGAACUGCCCCUAAGCCAUCCAGCAGCACCAGCAGACUUAGAGAGUUUAAAGAGACAGUCAGCAAUAUAAUCCACAACCGACCAGCCCAGACCAACCAAGGCUCUCCUUGUGGAGGGAAUGUAGUGGGUCAGUCAAAGAUACGGCGCCCCAGGAACUUGCCUGUGCAUUCUCGCGACUGGGAAAUGGAGAGUACCAGCAGUGAAUCCAAAUCCAGUUCAUCUAGCAAGUACCGUCCGACCUGGAGACCCAAAAGGGAGUCACUGAACAUAGACAGCAUCUUCAGUAAAGACAAGAGGAACCGUUGUGGCUACACGCAGCUCAGCCCCUUCUCUGAAGAUGCAGCCAAGGAAUUUGCAGAGGAUGAAUUGAAGGAACCAACAACUCAAGGAACAAGGCCAAACCAACUAAACAUCAGGUAUAAGCACUGGGGUCGAGGUCGGGGCACCCAGCACCUGAUGGAUCAGCAUCCUCGUCUGAUCCAAAGGAUGGAAUCUGGCUAUGAGAGCAGUGAACGCAACAGCAACAGCCCAGUCAGUCUGGACAUGCCCUUGUCUGAGAGCUCAAGCACACACAGGGAUUCUCAUAUGAAGCGAGCAGGUGGGUUGGUUCCUGCCUGGCGUAACAUCCCAAAGUCGCACAGCAGCAGCAUCUUAGAAGUGGAAUCUGCUUCUUCGACUGGUGGUUGGACAAGCAGCCAGCACUCUGUUGGGAAUGGUGGAGAAAUGCCUGUCCCAUCAAAGAGCGAACUGGAUGAGUUACAGGAGGAAGUGGCAAGGAGGGCGCAGGAACAGGAGCUACUCAGGAAACGGGAAAAGGAACUGGAGGCAGCAAUGGGCUUUAACCCCCGUCCCAGCAGGUUCAUGGACCUAGAUGAGCUGCAGAACCAGGGGAGGAGUGAUGGCUUUGAGAGGUCCUUGCAGGAAGCAGACUCAAUCUUUGAAGAGUCGCUGCAUCAGGAACAGAAGGGAGAUUGUGCUGCAGCUUUUGCUCUCUGUAACGAAGCUAUAUCUAAACUAAGACUUGCCAUGCAUGAUGCCAGCUCUAGCACUCACAGCAGAGCCCUAGUCGAUAAGAAGCUACAAAUCAGUAUCCGAAAAGCACGGAGCCUCCAGGAUCGCAUGCAGCAACAGCCAUCGCAGCAGCCGCCGCCGCCGCCAACCUGCCACCCACCACAGGGGGGCACCAUGACCCAGUCUACAAGUGAACAGACUGGCCCGCUCCAAGUACUGCUGAGCCGGGAGGUAUCACUGGAACCCAACAGAGAAGUGGAAUUCGGGUCCAGUUCUUUCUUCCACCCACCCGCUUCCUGCCAUGAAGUGCAUUCAUCAUUAUAUCCAGAGUCUUCCUCCCUACCCAUUCCUGCAAGCAGUCCUCCAAAUAGGAUCUUUCAUAACUUCCGGGCUACUUCUGCUGAUUUCGAUGGCCAAGCUCCCUCUUUUCCGUAUGGGUGUGGGUUGGCUGAGAGACCCACAAAGACUGAGAAUGAUGCCCACCAUGUUAUGGAGCUUGAUGGGGCCCCCGCCAAAGGGCUGAAAGACCAUGACUGCAGCAGCAAAUUAGAAGAAGUCCAUGACAUUACAGCUGUUCUCACACCUCAGCACAAAAUUAAAUUUAAUACAGUCAACUCUGGGUCUUUGCCUACACUAGUCCCCUGUCCCCAUCCAGCGCAAGCAUCAUCUCCCAAUAAAAGCGGUCUGCAUAGUCCUUGCUUCAGUCUGUCAAACUCUCCAGUGCCCACUAGCAUUGAUCAGGUAGGGGGCUAUCAUUCCAUGAUCUCUGCUGCUUCAUUCCUGUCACUUCAGUGCCCCCUGGCUCCCUUACAAACAGCAAACAGGUACCCUAGAACAAACAGCCGUGAAACUUUACUGCUCCCACAGGAUGACUUCAGCAACGUGGAGACUUGCAAAUCUAAGACCCAUAGCUCAAAGGGGCAUGUUCGUUCCCUUGCAGAGCAGUUUCAGAGACUGCAUGGAGUCUCCAAGAAAGAAGGUGCACAUGAGAAAGGGUGGACUGCUGCAGUCUGUCAGGAUGAGAAGUCUCCAAGGCUGAUACAGGAGUCAUUCAUUAAUUCUUCAACCUCAGGCUACAGGCAAUUAAUUCCUCAAAGUCAAGAAAACAGAACCCAGUCUUCCGAAAAGUUGCAUUCAUCCUUAGAUGUUAGGGAUGGGUUUGCUUCCAUGGAGGGUUUUAGCACUCAACUCAUUACCUCUAAGAGUCCUGGAUCGCACAGUGAAGACCAGUGUAGAAGAGGUGAACAGAAUGUAGCUGGCCCUGCACUCUCCCAGGAAAGGCACACUCAUGAGAGAGGUGUGAGACAGGUGGAUGAUGGAACUGCCACUGGUAUGGGUGCUUCUAUGCCUGUGGACCGCUGGGUGGACAAUGUCACCAGGUAUUACAGUUCUCAACUGGACUGUAAAAAUACAGAAUGGCUUCCUGUGCCAGGGAGGAAUCCACCCCUUUCUGAUCACAGAACAGUCAGACAUGACCUGAAUGGGACCCCAGUGCAGUUUCACCCACAGUGGAAUCAAGACACAGAGCAGGAGAUCUCUGAGUUGGAGUACCUCUAUCAGGCUAGCCUAGCUGGUAGGCCUGUGUUGGGAAGACUGGACAAUUCCAGGCACCCAUCGAGCAAGCCAGUCUCUGAAAACAUAACUGUGAGGAAGUUGCACACUGUAGCCGGCAUGGGUCUCUCGAAAACGCCAACAGCAGAGAUUGAGCACAAUCUCUAUGGAGCCAUUGUCUCUCCUGUCUCCAAGGUUGCAUAUGCCAGAGGCCAUAGCAGGGAGCCAGAAGAGGAGAUGUACAGUGCAGAGAAUUUCCGUCGCAUUGCUCGCAGUCUCAGUGGGACAGUCAUCACAAACAGGGAAGAGACUCUGGUCUCCUCUCAUAGUUUUGAAGCAUCAAAUGUGAGGAAAAUGCCAAAGGAAACCACGCACCGUUCUUCCAGCUCCACUUCCCUCCCUUUUCCCCACGAUCCUUCUGUGUUACCCUUUGAUCCCCACCACUACCCAACCCAGAGGCAGAACCUGUCCCAUGAUGUACUGAUGCCUAGCAUGGUGGGCAAAGCACGUAGACCAUCAGGAGAUCAGAAGAACGUCCAGAAACUUCUGGUUGUGCCUGACCGGGGUGAAACUUUCCGAGGUGAAGACCACCCAGGUAUGGCACUGAGCUACAGGAGUCUCCCUUGCACACAGAAAUGCUCUUCUUCCCAAGGUCAGGGGCCUCUUGUUGACCAGCAUAUGGGAGGUGGAGCAUCAAGGAUCUCUGGCCAAUGGCUGCAGAUGAACCACACUGCCAGACAAACAGCAACACUGCCAGACAAACGAACAUUGCAGUUGGGAUACACUGCCCAGCCAGACAAGGGGUUAGAGGAAAGCUUCCUUCAGCAGUCCUCCCGACACCAAAUGCAUGAGUCCUAUGCCAUCAAUUGCAGGCCACAUCCUAGCACAGACUACAGUACCUUCAGAGUACUACAGGGGCUUUCUUGGGACCCUGGUGCCUCUCACGGUUGCCCGGUGCCUCCCCCGUGUACUAAGGCCCCUGGACCAAGGAGAGUAGAUAUGCCCCCAGAAGAAGACUGGCGUCAGAACAGCUUUAUCCCUCAGCCUGGUGGACGGAGAACAUUGCCAGUGCACGUGGUGGAUGGGACUUUUUCUUCUGCUUCUGAGGUGCACCAAAGGAUGAUGGCCCGAGCAGCAGCAGCUGCUGCUGCCACCCUGCAGAAUAGUGGCUGGUGA